GAAUUGAAGCAAUGCCAAUAACAGAGAGACAAGAUGCUCCGUAUUGAGUACGAGAAUUUAAGCAAUUACGGAUUUACGGAGUAGGAGUACAAAUCAAUUUAGAAUUUUGACAGCGUCUAAAUAGCGCCAUGGAACUUGUUCAUUCAUCCCUUAGAACAGUCCAUUUAAGCAACAGUUCAUUCCCACCUCAAAAACUCAACCAUCAUCAAAACCCACCAUUUCCAUUUCCAUUUCCAUUUCCAUUUCCACCCUCUAAACCAAAUUCAUUCAAACCCAGAAAACAAACCUCCUUUCAAGUUUCAUUGUCAUUAACACAACAAAAUUCCGAUGAUUUAUUCAACAAUUCUUUGUCAAUUCUUCCCAAUUCACCAUUUUCAAGGAUUACAACUGCUGCUUCAACAUCAAUAACAACCCCCUUAAGUUCCACCGCUCAAAAUUCCGGUGAAAAUGUUCAUUGGAUGGUAAUAAUGGAUAAACCUCCAAACGGGUUUCAAUCUAAAGCUGAUAUCAUAAACUAUUAUGUCGCUACUUUGGAGAAAUCUCUCGGAUGUGAAAAGGAUGCACAAAGCUGUAUAUAUGAUGCUUCCUGCAACACCCAUUUUGGUUUUUGCUGUAUUGUUGAUGAACAAACUUCUCGGUUAAUUGCUGGUUUGCCUGGAGUGCUAUCUGUUAAGCCUGACUCUGAUAUAAAUUCUGCUAAGAAGGACUACAGUACUAGCAAUUUUGAAGAUGUUUCUGUGUCAAAAUUACCCUAUCAGAGAACAUUGUUGUUCCCCAAGGGUUCGAAAAACUGGCUUGUACGUGUCAAAAAACCAUCUAGUAGAUUCUUAUCCAAGGCACAGGCUGUUGAUUCUUACGUUAACAUACUGACCAAAGUGUUGAGGAAUGAGAAGGAUGCGCAAAUGUGUCUAUAUCAUGUAUCAUGGGAGUCUAAUUUUGGGUUUUGCUGUAAACUCGAUGAUGAAUCGGCACAAGAGCUAGCUACCAUGCCUGGAGUUUUAUCUGUACAGCCCGAUGAGCAUUUUGAAUCAGAAAAUAAGGAUUAUGAAGGUGACAGGUUGUCAUCCGAUGCUUCAGCUUUUACAAAAGAAACAGAUAUAAGUAAAACCAAGCUUUUCAUAACAGGUCUGUCAUUCUACACAUCAGAAAAGACGUUACGUGAGGCCUUUGAACCCUUUGGUGAACUCGUAGAAGUCAAGGUUAUCAUGGAUAAGAUAUCAAAGAGGUCAAAAGGGUAUGCGUUUGUUGAGUACUCCAAUGAAGAUGCUGCUACUACAGCUCUCCUAGAAAUGAAUGGCAAAAUUAUAAAUGGGUGGAUGAUAGUUAUUGAUAGAGCAAAGAUGAAGCCACGGCGCACCAGAGCAUUUUCAUCACAAGACAGAAUGUGACGCACAGAAUGGCUCGCCAAAAUUCACAGACCAACAUCUAAAGAGGAAUUUGCUCAAGGAUUUUAGCGUAAGAAAAUACAAUUUAUCUGUAGAUAAAACACACAAGGUUGAGUUAGUAUGAUCAGUGGCUUGGUGCAUCAAAAUGUAUAAGAAUGGCUUAUCAAAAUGCAUUAUAUAUUUCAUUGAACCGUCCGUACUAGCGAUUUGGAUGAAAUUCUUCGCCGUGUUCUAGAUUAUUUCUUCCAUGCAUAGGGUUAAUUAAUUAUUGUAAUAGUUGUCAUAUGACUAUUCUUUAAUGAUAAUUUUCCUAUUUCUUUAGAAA